AUUCCUCUCAGUCUUUCGAGAACGUGUUACUGCAAAGAAGCGAAAAGCAGUCUUCGUACAACAGCUAUGAAUACUCUCGUCGCGUUUGUCGUGCUUAGCAUGUGCAUUGCACAAGGGUUUUGUUUGAAGUGUCACGAGUGCCCAGCGUCGGCUUCUAUGGAAGAGUGCUUGGCCAAGCAAAAAGUUGUCGAGUGUGAGGCGGGCUAUUACUGUAUGACAGUCGAGGAAACCCCUUUAGCGCCCAAAGGACAGAAGGCAGCGACCUACUUCAGGCACACAUGCGCACAGGCCGUACCCUGUCACGAGUUCUGCGUAGGAAAAGAACAUCCAUGUGAGACCAUGAACUGCUGCAAUACAGACCUGUGUAACUGAGCAUGCGCCUUCAUAGGGACCGCUGAGCAUGUCAAUUGUGAUUAAAUAAACGGGGAUUCAGUGUG